AUGCCAAUCUACUCCAACAUCGCAUCGACACUUGCACGUCAAGGUCCCAAGACAUUCACACACGGUUACGCCCAAUCCGUCGUUGCCGCCACACAUCCCCAAGUCUACGCUUCCUCGAACAGACCUGGAUUCGGUCUCAACCGACGUGCUAGCAAAGCCGGUUACUUCCCCUCGUACACUUUUCAGAAUGCAUUUCACAACAGUGCCCAGUCCUCGAGUACGGUCCAGCUGGUCCGCCACGAGAAGAGUGAUGGAGGGCUAGAUGCGUAUUUCGAGGCUUGGAAGAAGCAACAUGCUACAGGCGAGGCCGACAAGGAAUGGGCUCAGUUUCAGUUCCCAAAACGCAUCGAGUGGAAGCCCUUGAUCGAGGUCGAGGAAGGUCGAAGCAAUGUGCAAUCUCAGACGCUGGAGGCCGCUCCUGUCCCCGAGAGAUCUUACGGUGCGAGCGCAGUAGAUGACUACAACAAAUUUGCAGCAGAAGAGGAAGCUGCCUUAGCUAAGAUCGAUGCUGCUAUUGAGAAGGAAAUCAAAUCACGAAACGACCAAGCAAUCUUCGAGGCAGAGUUGAGCAUCGUUGCGGCUCGAGUACCUACACCACCUCGAACUUCAUCUCCAGCUCUAUCUUCUAAGUCUGGCUUCCUAAGAUCGCCAACCACUUCUGCAACCACUAUCAGCACAGCUUCUGAGCAACAAUCACAAAGCUAUGCUGAGCAUCUCACAAAGUUGUCCGAGGGUGGACGAUAUGCAGAGAUCCCAGCCGUUUUCGAGGCAAUGCUGGUAGCCAACAUCCAGCCUACAGCAUCUGCUUACAAUGCUCUUUUGGAUGCAGCCAUUCAUUUACCUGCUGAGAGAAUCCAAGUCGUCCCAAAGGCACUUGAUGUCUACUCUGACAUGCUGAGACGUAAAGUCCUUCCAAACACCGCCACCUACAACACUCUCAUCAACUUGAUCUCUUCCCGAUCCAUCGAAGUUUCUUCGCUGAAACAGUCCUUGGAGGAGAGACGUGCCCGAUUUGGUGGUAUGGAGGAGCCUGGCAAGUUUAUGUUCGCAUCAAGUGAGUUUGAAUUUGCCAUCUUGGCCGAGGAUGAUCGAUUGGACCUUGCCGUGCGUAUGUUCGAAGCCUCCAUCAGUCUUCGUACGGACCGUUCAUACCCGCGGGAAACUUAUCACAAAUUGAUUCAAGCUUGUUCCGAGGCCGGCAGAAUCCCAGAGAUGAUCCGAUUCUACGAGCAUAUGGAAGCUAGCAAUAUCUCUCCGCUUUCAGCGACAUUUUCACCUAUGAUUCAUGGCUUUGCACACGUGGGUGAUUUGAACAGUGUUGUGGAAUGUUACGAUGAAUACAAACAACUCGCCAUUGACAACGAUCAAGGAAAGAUUGAACUCACAGACAGACAAGACGGCCAUGUGUAUGCUGCAGUGGUCAAGGCUUACGUCAAGUCUGAUAGAAUUGAAGGAGCUGUGCAAUUCUACCAGAGAAUUCUUGAAGCUUAUCCAGAGCGUGUUUCCGAACUUGGAGAUUGUGUUGUCCAGGGAGGUCUUGUCCAAGGUUUCCUUGAGAAGGGCAAGCUCUCAGAGGCACUGGGUUGGGCCGAAGCUCUGAGUGGAUCCACCAAGAGCGAGGCAAUGGGAAAGAUCGCAACCCGGGCAGCCGAUAAAGAUGAUAAAUCGACUGCAGUUGCUGCUUUCUCACAUGUUUCUGUCAAUUCUGACCUUGCCACUCCCGCAAUGGCAAUGUUAGCUCUCAGUGUACGACAAGGUGAUGUUCCAGCAGCGCAGAGAUACUGGCAAUACCUGUCAGCUCCUGAAAUGACUGUUUCGUCAGCUUUCAUCGAGCCAGCUGCGAUGUAUGCUGUUGCAAUGAUUGGUUCUGGCCAAGUUCUUGAGGGUCUUACUCAGUCCGAGCAAAUGUUCGCCCGUAUCCGAUCUUCCGUUGAAUCCAGCACCCAUCUCCAAGAUGAGAUUGACGAGGGAAUGGAGUUUAUUAAUCAAUUCAUGUCGCAACGCGGAAUUACCGACCCUCGUCUUCUCCCAGAGGUCCCGGUGUACCAGCAGUUCACACCUGUCCAAUACCCCGCUGUGCCAGCUUACGAGGAUACCUUCGAUCCAUACGCUGCUUCGACUGAUUUCAAAGGCUCUGCUCUGAUUGCCGAUGAGCUUGAGAAGGGUAGCAGUGCUCGCGCCAAGGCCUCUCGUCUCAAUGAGGCUCUUGGUAGGUUCAGAAACAUGCGUCGCGCUGGUCGUCACCCACGUUACAUUACUUACGCCAAGCUCAUCGCUGCCGCCGCACGUGAGGAACGCAUGAAUCUGGUCCACGACAUUCUCGGCAUGGCCAGAUCUGACGUUCCUCUUCUUCCUCAAUACUCGGUCGUUCGCUAUGGCUGGGUCUCCAUUCUCGACGCUAUGGUUGGAGCUUGUCUUACACUCGGAAACCGUACUCUGGCUGCUCAAUAUCACCAAGAGCUCCUUGACAUGGGUGCUGCACCAACUGCCAACACUUUCGGUCUCUACAUUACCACUUUGAAGGAAUCGACGAAGACCUUUGAUGAAGCCACCGAAGCUGUUAAGAUCUUUCAUCGUGCCAAGUCUGAGGGUGUUGAGCCUUCAUCAUUCCUCUACAAUGCACUCAUUGGCAAGCUUGGAAAAGCGCGUCGUAUUGAUGACUGUCUUUUCUACUUCGCUGAGAUGCGUGCUCUUGGCAUCAGACCAACCAGCGUUACCUAUGGCACAAUUGUCAAUGCUCUCUGCCGUGUCAGUGAUGAGAAGUUUGCUGAGGAGUUGUUCGAAGAGAUGGAAUCGAUGCCAAACUACAAGGCUCGUCCCGCCCCAUACAACAGCUUGAUGCAAUUCUUCUUGACCACCAAGCGUGACAAGAGCAAGGUCUUAGCAUACUACGAGCGAAUGAAGAGCAAGGGUAUCCAGCCAACAAACCACACAUACAAGCUUCUUGUCGAUACUCAUGCAACACUCGAGCCAGUCAACAUGCCUGCUGCCGAAGCCAUCCUUGAUGUCAUUCGAAGCACUGGUCAACGCCCCGAGGCUGUUCACUAUUCGUCCUUGAUUCACGCCAAGGGAUGUGUCUUGCACGACAUGGAUGGAGCCAAGGCAGUUUUCGAUUCCGUUAUGGCCGACUCUUCGAUCCGACCACAAGCCUGCCUCUACCAAGCACUCUUCGAGUCCAUGGUCGCCAACCAUCGUGUUACCGAGACCGAGCCCAUUCUUCGUGAGAUGUCACAACGUGGCGUGGACAUGACUCCUUACAUCGCCAACACUCUCAUUCAUGGUUGGGCUAACGAGCUCAAUAUCGACAGAGCUAGAUCCAUCUUUGCUUCGGUUAGCCGUGAGAAGAGAGAGCCCAGUACCUACGAAGCCAUGACCAGAGCCUACCUUGCCGUCGAAGAUAGACUCAGUGCCAAGGCUGUCGUCCAGGAAAUGUUAGGUCGUGGAUACCCCGGAGCUGUCUCCAACAAAAUCCUCGAACUACUCGGAGGUGGACACGCUGAGAACUCAGCUUAG